AUGACAGUAUUCAAGGCCUUGGCACUACCGGCAAUUAUAAUAGUUUACAGUGAAUUUAUAGCAAUGUUAGUUGAUCGAAAAUUUGCUAUUAGAACAAGUUCAAAAACUUACGUUUUACCUCUUUUAGGAGGUGGUAAAAUAUUGACAAAUGCCACAAGAGAAGAGAACAAUAAUGAACUCUACAAUGAUUCAAUUGCAUGUGGAUUGGGAUUUGCCAUCAUGGCUGGAACUGUCCUUAUUUCAGGAACAUCUGCUAUCGAUAUUUUUAAUUCAAUUGGUCUUAAACAAGUAACUCGAAUUCGAAUGAAACUCUUUCGAGCUAUAAUUAGGAAAGACAUUAGCUGGCAUGAUACUACAACACAGCAAAAUUUUGCCCAAUAUAUGACAAAUGAUAUUGAAAAAAUUCGCGAUGGAAUUUCUGAAAAAAUAGUACAAUUUCUUGAUCUGGUGAUUGGUUUUAUUGCAACGGUGAUCAUAUCGUUUGGCUAUGGCUGGAAGCUUACUAUGCUAGUGGUCAUCUAUAUUCCAAUUGUACUAGCUAUGCACUAUUACGUUACAAAACAUCAAACCCGUUUGACAAUUCUCGAGCAGAAUUCUUAUUCAAGAGCUGGAAAUCUGGUUGAAGAAGUUCUUAGUUCCAUUCGAACUAUUGUUGCAUUUUCUGGAGAAAAUAAAGAAUCCGCACGAUAUGAUAACUAUUUGGUACCUGUUCGAAAAGCAGGUUCGAAGAAAGGAGCCUUCUCUGGGUUAAGUGAUGGAGUUUUGAAAGGUUUGGUCUUUAUAUCAUGUGCAGCAGCUUUUUGGUAUGGAGUGAAUCUGGUUUUAGCCGAUCGAGAUAAGGAAAACAAAGAUUAUACUCCAGCAAUUCUUAUGAUUGCAUUCUUUGGAAUAUUAGUUGGAGGUCAUAAUAUUGCUAGGUUACCACCAUUCUUAGAAUCUUUUGCUACUGCUAAAGGUUCUGCAGCAAAAAUAUUUAGAAUCAUUGAUUCCAAAUCAGAUAUCGAUCCCAUGUCAGCGGGUGGAAAAGUUCUGAACAAUGGACUCAGAGGUGAAAUAGAGUUCCAAGACGUUUUCUUUCGAUAUCCCUCUCGAGAUGAUAUAUCCGUUCUUAGGGGUUUGAACUUUAAGGUGAAACAGGGUCAAACUGUUGCUAUUGUUGGUUCUUCCGGUUGUGGAAAAUCAACUUGUAUUCAACUUCUACAGAGAUUCUAUGAUCCAGCUUUUGGACAGGUGCUGCUGGACGAGUUGGAUGCAAAGAAAUAUAACAUAAACUGGUUGAGGUCUAAUAUUGCUUGUGUUGGACAGGAACCAAUACUUUUUCAGGGAACUGUUGGGGAAAAUAUAAAACAUGGCAAGUCUUCGGCAUCACAGAAGGAAAUCGAAGCUGCUGCUAAGUUAGCUGGUGUUCAUGAUUUUAUUAUCAAUUUACCAGAAAGCUAUCAAACUGUUAUUGGAGAAAAAGGUGCUCAACUAUCAGGUGGUCAGAAACAGCGUAUUGCCAUUGCUAGGGCGCUGAUCCAAAACCCUAAAAUUCUUCUUCUUGACGAAGCUACCUCAGCUUUGGAUUAUCAAUCCGAAAGACUUGUCCAAGAAGCUUUGGACCUUGCAAGUAAAGGAAGAACUACAAUAGUCGUUUCUCAUCGAGUGUCAGCUAUUAAAUCAGCAGAUCGUAUAUUUUUCCUAGAUCAGGGAAAAGUUGUCGAAGAAGGAUCUCACAAUGAUUUGAUGAAAAUGAAAGGAAUGUACUAUCGCAUGGUUCAUGCUGGUGAUCUACAAACUGUCGAUGCAAAUGAUCAAGAUGUUGAAGAGAAAAAUAAGCCACUUGGAAUCUAUGAAAAGUCCUUCGAGCUUAAUGCCAAUAAUUUGGAUAAAAAUCAAAAAGAUGUUGCUAAUUUCGAGACACCGGUUUUCAUUGACCCAAAGAAUGACGAAGAUGAAAAAGAAGACAAGACUCAAUUUGUCAAGAUAUUUAUCAGGAUUUUCAAGAUGUCCCGGCCGGAAUAUAGUUAUCUGAUUUUUGGAGUUAUUGCGGCUACUUUAUAUGGCUUCACAUUUCCUGCAUUUGCAAUAGCUUUUGGAGAAUUUUACGCAGCUUUGUCACAAAACGAUGAAAAUGAAGCCCGAAGUAGAACGGCAGUACUUUCAAUUUGCUGUUUGAUCAUUGGUAUCAUCACUGGAAUAUCUUGCUUCUUCCAAACCUACCUUUUUAAUCUUGCUGGAGCCUGGCUCACAAUAAGAAUAAGAUCUCUUUCUUUUAAAUCAAUCAUGAAACAAGAAAUCGGAUGGUUUGAUGAAGAAAAGAAUAGCGUAGGAGCUUUAUCAGCUCGCUUAGCUGGAGAUGCUGCAAAUAUACAAGGAGCUAUUGGUUUCCCUCUAAGUGGAUUGAUUCAGGCCUUUUCAAAUUACAUUUGUAGUGGAUUUAUAGCGUUUUAUUAUUCUUGGAAGCUCACUUUAAUGUGUUUAUCAACAUGUCCAUUUAUUUUUGGAUCAGUAAUCUACGAAGCAAGUUUCAUGUCAUCUUCAAUGCUGCGUGAAAAACAAAUUCUCGAGGAAGCAAGUCGCAUUGCAACUGAAGCUAUUGUCAAUAUUCGAACAAUAGCUGGUUUGAGACGUGAAUCGGAACUCAUUAAUAAGUUCAACGAAGAAAUGAGAAAAGGCGAAAUGGAAAUUAGGAAAAAACUUCGUUACCGAGGUAUCAUUAAUUCAUUGGUUCAAGCUUUUCUUUUUUUGGCAUAUGCGUUUACAUUAUCCUAUGGAGGAAUUCUUGUUGCACAAGGUUCAAUACCAUUUCAAGACAUUAUCAAAGUUUCUGAAACAUUGCUGUAUGGAUCAUUGAUGUUGGCUCAAUCACUUGUAUUUGCCCCAGCAUUUACAACUUCUUUGGUCUCAGCUCAUCGUUUAUUCCAAGUUAUUGAUAGAAAACCGAAAAUUCAAUCUCUCACUAACAAAUGCAACAAUAUUAGCAAAGUGAAUCAUAAUAUGGAUGGAGUUCAUUACCGGGAUAUAGAAUUCAGAUAUCCAACAAGAUCUGAUGCUCAGAUUUUGAAUGGUAUCAACUUGGAAGUUCUAAAAGGCAAAACCGUUGCACUUGUUGGAAAUUCAGGUUGUGGAAAAUCAACAUGUAUUCAACUAUUGCAAAGAUUUUAUGAUACUGAUAAUGGAAACAUUAAUAUAGAUCAAAAUGACAUUAAGACUGAUCUAUCAUUGGAAACACUUCGGUCAAAGUUAGGCUUGGUAUCUCAGGAACCGUCUUUAUUCGAACGAACAAUUGCAGAAAAUAUUGCUUAUGGAGACAAUUCCAGAAAUGUUUCCAUCGCUGAAAUCAUAGAAGCAGCGAAAUAUGCCAAUGCCCAUUCUUUUAUAAUAUCAUUGCCAAUGGGUUAUGACACUCGACUGGGUUCAAGAGGUACUCAAUUGUCUGGUGGACAGAAACAAAGAAUUGCAAUUGCUAGAGCUUUGGUUAGAAAUCCAAAGAUUUUAUUGCUAGAUGAGGCAACAUCAGCUUUGGACUUGCAAAGUGAAAAGGUUGUUCAACAAGCUCUUGAUAUGGCAUGUUCUGGGCGAACUUGUAUUGUUAUUGCACAUCGAUUGUCCACUAUUCAAAAUGCAGAUGUCAUCUGUGUUUUACAAAACGGACAAGUAGCUGAACAAGGCAAUCAUCGUCAACUGAUUGCCCGAGAUGGACUUUAUGCUAGACUUCAUAAGACACAGCCCAGCUUUGAAUAGAUAUUUUUAAGCUUUUAGUUAACUUCUGAGUGUAAUUUUAACAAUUA